AUGUUCAACGGUUUAUCCGAGACUAUUGACGACGCAUGUAGUUUUGUGUUGGACCUGAACCAACGGUAUCUCUGGGUCGACGCUUUGUGCAUUAUUCAAGACGAUGGGGGCGACAAGGCUCAUCAGAUCAAUCAGAUGGACCUGGUGUACGGCAAUGCUUUGCUCACCGUUGUAGUUGCUCCGGACAAGACCGAAGCCGAAGGGGUUGGACUGCCCGGUUACCGCAACACAUCUAACCCACGUCGCAAAAUCACCCACGAAACUCAUGGACUUGAGCUCUCGGUACCAAAACCGUGCAUCGAUGAUGUCAUCUCGUACACACGAUGGGAGACUAGAGGCUGGACUUUCCAGGAGGCCCAUCUAAGUCGCCGCUUGUUGUUCUUCACAAGCCAACAACUCUACUACCAGUGCUCUUGUGGCGUGCGAUGCGAAGAUACAGCCGGAGAAGGUCAAGAGCCGACGGCAUUCGUCCAGCACAGCACGAACCUAUGGAAUCCAAAAAGCGCACACGAGGAUGACUCCGAAGACAUUAGGGACGAUUUGUUCCUUAGUCGGUCAUCGCAUACGGAUCCUAGUAGAUUGCUUAGAACGCAUGAUUUUCUCCUCACAGACUUCGGUCGCCGGGAGCUUUCGUUUCCUUCGGAUAUUCUGAAUGCGGUCCAAGGUAUACUCAAAGUUUUCUCGAACUCGAUGGGAACAGGGUUUUUUGCUGGUCUACCAAUUAAGUGGCUUGAUCAUGCGCUACUAUGGCAGCUUUACGACGGUGGGAAGCGACGAAGCGGCUUUCCAUCUUUCUCCUGGGCUGGAUGGGAAGGCAUUGUGGACGCACCUAUUUGGCUGGGACCGCGAGCUACGCGUAGACUCAUAACAUGGUAUCGCUCUGUCGCAGAUCGAUACAUGUGCAUUGAAACCGAGGUGCCGAUGGGGGAAGAAAGCACAUCUCUUGUCAUUCCAACACACAGUGCUAUCGAACACCUCAACCCCAAAGACGCCUCCAGUAAUGACUCGGUGCUCGCUACAACGACGCAAAUAGCAGCCUUCGUUCUCGCGACUAAGAGGAUGGACUAUGUACACCACUCAACGGGAAAGAAUGGAGAGCACGUGUGGAUUCUCGAUGCAAACUCACGUCGCGCCGGAAUCAUAUUACUCGACAAAACUUGGAAGGCCAUGCACGUGAAUGAGGAGGACAAGCACGAUUUUAUCAUGCUCUCUAUGGCUGAGAACAGUCGCGUGGAUGACAUGGUAAAUUUCGACGACGCUCAUUAUGAUGAUAGGGAGUGGUGUUUACUAAACGUCAUGCUGGUCACCUGGAAAUGUGACGGUGUUGCGGAAAGAGUCGCAGUUGGCUACAUUCACUGCGAUGCAUGGCGUGAGGCUUGCCCCUCUACGCGGAUUGUACAUUUAGUCUAG